GUCCGUUUGAUUUGAACGUCUCAUAUAAAUAGUGCCCCUGGCUGCUAGUCAGUGUCACAUCAAAACCGUUCUCAGAACAACACACAUCAAUUCCUCCAAACGGAACCACCAAACAACCCACAACUAGCAUCAUGAAGUGCAUCGCAGCUGUAGUCAUGGUCGCUUUGGUCGCCACCGUCCAAGCUGGCAGCUAUUACAACGCCGUCCCAACCGUGUACAGCGUACCGUCGACCACCGUGGUCCAGCAGAACGUUGUGCCGAAGUACGUCACCGCUUACUCUGCCCCGGCCGUUACCUACGCCAGCCACGCCAGUGUCGCUCCGGUCGCUGCCUAUGCUGCCCCAGUUGCCACCUAUGCUGCCCCGGUUGCUACCUAUGCUUCUCCCAUCUCGUACGCUGCCCAGAGCACCGUUGUCCAGGCUGCCCCUGUUGCCUAUGCUGCCCCGACUGCCUACGCUUACGAUCAAGGAAACUACGUCCAGGCCGUCCAGGCUGUCCCGACCGUCUACGCUCAGGUCCAGAAGGAGGCUCGCUAUGUGGCCGCCAACCGUGGUGCUAUCCAUGAGGCUCCUCUGCCCGGUCAUGCCAUCAACCAGAAGUCGCUGAAUGUUGAGCCAGCACCCGGAACUCUGUAAAUAUGUAGAUACUCAGUGUUUGUUGGAUUGUGAGAACGGUUUGGAAUAAAUUGGAUUGUUGCAAGGAUUAA